AAAUUGAAGAAAAAUAAAAAGAGAAUUUGAACUAGCAGUAAGGUUGAGCGGUGCACUCUGAGCAGCAGAGUAGCACCGCUCUAUAACUUAUCGGUCGUCGUCGGACUGGGUAUAAGAGAAAUUAGGCUUGGUCAAAUGGUCGGUUAGGCUUGGUCGGCGGGGGUAUACACCAUAGUUGAGUUUGUGACUGGGUAUACACUAUAGUUGAGUCGGUUAUGCUUGCCAACUGGAUUUUGUCACUGGGUAUAAUUUUUUAUGCUGGAAAUAAUUUUUGGUAAUUUUUCAGCUUGCUCUUGUUGGUUGCAGACACUGGGAAAUAAUUGGGAGCAUUGUUAACUUUUGGAGACUAGAUUAACCUCUUCAUCAAAAGAGAGCUCAGUGAAAUCAACGAAACUAAUUCCCUCAAUCUCUGGAUGGGGAAUUUGUUACCGUUGGAUCAAAAGGGGUUAAAUUCCACCAAGUCUUCGAAAGGUAGAAUGACGGAGGCUGUGGAUUGGGAAAGUUCUUCAGGCGGGGCGAGUGAAAAGGAGGCCUAUUUACAAUAUAUUAAUUACGAUGAUGACAAUGAGGAACAUCCCUUUAAGUCUUGGUUUACAUCAAAGAUGCAGUUUAGGAAAGAUAAAUCAACAGCCUGUUGGAUUGAUGAAAUUGGAAUGGCUCAGGUUGUAGAAAACAAGGGUAAAAUGUGGAGGACAAUGGGGAUAGUUCGUGGCGGCAAGACUUAUUAUUCAAUCGAGGAAACUUUGUUUUUGAUGGAAAUAGGGGCAUUGCUUCUCAUGGAUGACAAUGAUUCAAGUCUUUCAAUAAAGGAUAUAUAUGCCAAGGUUAGUGGAUGCGCUUGGGAGCUGUUUGAAGUUUAUAGGCACCUGAAGUCCCUUGGUUACAUUGUCGGGCGGCAUGGUAUUGCUUGGUCUACAAAGGGUGUUAAGAGUAGCUCUCAAAGUGUUUCUCUUCAAGGCUCUCCACAAAGCAGUGAAGUGGACGUAGAACUAAAAGGCGAGAGGUCCAUCAUCGAACUGUUUAAUGACUUUCACAUUAAUGAAGCAAGGGCAGUUUUUGACGUCUAUCUCCCAAACAGCAGGUUUAGAAAGUCCUCUCCUGGAAACCCAAGAUUUGUGCUCUGCUUAACUAGGGGUGAUCCACCAUCCAUAGCAGACGUUGAAGUCCUUGAGAGGCAAUGUGGAGGCUUUCCUUUGCUCUUUUGUCAUGUAGAGUAUGGACGAGUGUGUUACUUUUCCUUCGAGGUUGUGGAGCUUCCCAUCUUACCUUGACUCUGCCAGCAUGGAUGCGGUGAUUAAUAGGUACAUCCAACAGAUAACGAGAGCUUUAUUUUAAAGCAAGGUUAGACUUAUAAAUGUUUAAAAAGUAACAUGCAUGCACCGUGCUGCAAUGAUUAGACAUUCGGUUUAUAUAUUUUGAUAGAGAAAAUUUGAGCAAUUUCGGUUUA